ACUCUCCUCCUGCUCUCAAUGUGUGUGUGCUGCCACUCCUCUGAAGAUACUCAUGGUCGUCAUCCUGGACCGGUACCACCGUGCUGCGUGGACGUCACCAAAGGCAAUAUGAGCGCUGACGUGGUGGGGCAAACAUAUCGUGAGCAGGCUGCAAGACAUCACUGUGUGAAGGCUAUAAUUUUUAACACAAAAAAUGGACCACUUUGUGCAGAUCCAGACGCUCAGUGGGUCAAAGAUCUCACUGCCAAAAUGAGGAAGGAGUGAAGCCUGUCUGCUACAUCAGUAUUUUCAGUAUUUCCAUCACCUUUAAAGGCUUAUUCAAACCAGAGCGC